GUCAAUUUGAAAACGGAAGUUAGGAGCCGACUCUUUGAGUUCUUGUCAUCUUCUUCUUUCUUUAUCUUAGCUCUCUAAUUAUUUGCCUUCUUCUUCACUUUGAUCAUUCAUCCUCAUCAUCAUCAUCAUGAGAGCUUUGAUCAAGAUUAUACACACAUAUUCAUAUUCAUAAUCGUUUUUCCUACUGAUGGAGGAACUGAUCUUUUUCAUCUGAACGUGGGUGUGUGUGUGUGGGUGUAUAUAUAUAUAUAUAUAUAUAUAUAUACAUAAUUGAUCUCAAGAUAAAAACUUGAAUCUUUUCUGCUGAUUAAUUUAUUUAUAAUACUUGUGUUGAUAGUUUUGUUUCAGCUAAGCAUCCAUCCAUGUUCAUGGAUCCCGGCUUUUUCCUCCUGGCUCACUGGGCUCUAAUUUAGGGUUAUUGUUUUCUUCUUCUUUUCAGUCUCUGUGUGUGUGUGUAUAGCAGCAGUUGAGCUUUUAGAAAUUGGGUCUUUUAGGUCAAAUCUCAGUCCAUCACUUUCCUGCAACCACUCUACUCACUCUCGCAGAUUAUAAUUUACCACCUUCUUUUCUCUCGUAUAUAUACAUACACACGCUUGUCCCUAUAUAUGGCACGCUGAUCAUCUGGGGUUGUUCUUGUCGAUGGUGGUGAUCAAGAUCAAGAAGAGUUGUGUGAAGCUGUUCCUGUUCUUGGCGAAGGAAAGCUCAUGUGGGUUGAGGUUAUAAAACGCUGAUAUGAAAAUGAUGAGAUGAAAGAUUUUAGCAAGAUUAAUGUCAAAAGGGAUUGUCGUGUUUGUCAUAAAGUGUUUAGCUCAGCCAAAGCUUUGGGGGGUCACAUGAGAAUUCACGUUAACGAGGUCAAGAACAAAGAUCUAACUGUCUCCAGGAACAGUACGUCUCUUCGAGCUCAUCAUCACUCCAUCAAGCCCAAGAAACAAAACCCGCGCGAGGAUUGCCACAAGAACAUGGUUGGUGUAAUCACGGAACCAAUUUGUAUGAUAUGUGGUAGAGAAUUUCCGUCGAUGAAGUCGUUGUUUGGGCACAUGAGGUGCCAUCCGGAGAGGGAUUGGAGGGGAAUUCGUCCGCCUUCGACUGCAAAAAUUAACAGCUCUGAUCAUACUUCUUCCUUGUGGGACACUGAUCAAGAUCAGGUAGAUGUAGUUGUAUCUACCAGCCAAGGAAAUGAUCAAGUAGUUGAUUUGGUUGAAUCUUUGAGGGGGUGGCCGGUGACGGCCAGGCGAGGCCGCAAGGCCCUGACUGCAGAUUCAAUGUUGGGGUUCUCGGGUCCAUCAAAGGAACAUGACCAGCUGCACAAAGCAGUUGAUUAUCUACUGAUGCUUGGUCGAGGGAGUUCAUGCCGGAAUGCGCAAUCCCAUAGUCGAAACAUGGAUUCAUCUGAGGCUGCGAGUAGUAAUUUACCAGUUUCCAGCGCUAAUCCAGGUUCUACAUCAAACAAGCCAAAGAUUCGUAAAUCUUCAUCGAAAUUCAGAACCAAUUCUCCAGUUGAGAAGUCCGGAAAGGAGAAGAGUACCAGGUCAACCGAUGUUCUUGGAGAAUCAACCAAGAAAUUAUGUGGUAGUGUCUUAAAUUAUGAUCAAUUGGACAACAGAGACUGUGACAGUGCAAAAUUCGACAACAUCAGGAGGAAAAGGAAAAAGAUGAAGCUGUCUGAGUUAGAACAGGCACCAAAAAUCAGUCCAGUAACUCCAGAACAACAAAAGAUGGCUGCUGGGAGAACAGCCAACCACUGGUGCAACACCCGCCAGAAGUCAUUCUCAAGUCACAACAGACUCAAGAUCAUCAUUCUUGAUUCAAUUGGUAAAUCCAGUAACGCUGGCACGAGCUUGAAUUCGGUGGAGGCAACACAGCAUGAGUACUGCAUGGUAUGCAACAAGAAUUUUCCAGCAGCUCAGGCUCUUGGGAGUCACAAGAUGUGCGGCAGGACGGGCGCUCCAAUGAGCCAGCACGUGUCAGCCAGUAGCCGGAGAGUGCUGAAUUUUGAUCUCAAUGAAGUUCCUCCAUCAGAAGAUUGAGCUGCAGGUUCUUUAUAAGUCUCAUCAACUUACAAUUAAUAGUUGGUUCAAUUGUUUUUUUGCAGCCUGUAGAGCUCUACAACCUAAUUAUUGAAUGAUAGUAAUUAGUAAAUCACCAACAAAUUCUUGGCCUUUGUCCCUGGUAUGGUAUGUUGCCAAUGUUUUGAUCAGUUGUUCAGACAGUGAAAUAGUAACUAAAAGACUACCUCUUGCUUGAAA